CUAGAAUGCCAAGAUUAUAUUAUGACAUUUAAAUCAUCUUCUUCUCCCCUCACUCACAUUUAUCACUCUCCUCAAUCAUCUUCAACAUCCUUUUCAUUCUCUUCAUCCCUUUCAUCCCUUUCAUCCCUUUCUCCCUCCUCCUAAAAAAGCUUCACAUUAUUUCAAACAAUAUGUCGGAAUUAUCUGCCACAAGUUUUCCGGAGAAUGCGGUUCCUAAAGCUCCAGAGGAUCCCCUCUUUGGCUUGAUGGCUGCAUAUCGUGCUGAUACUUUUGAUAAGAAGGUCGAUUUGGGUAUUGGUGCUUACAGAGAUAAUAAUGCAAAACCUUGGGUUCUGCCAGUUGUUAAGAAGGUAUUUAAAGUCUUUGAAUAUCAUUUGAUAUCUGCUAAUACAUAUGUUUCUAGGCUGAUGAGAUCCUUCGUAAUGACCCCGCUUUAAAUCACGAAUACCUUCCCAUCGCCGGUCUCAACACUUUCACAUCCGCUGCAGCGAAACUUAUGUUGGGAGCUGAUUCCCCAGCUCUCGCCGAUAAACGUGCUUGUUCCAUUCAAACGAUAUCCGGUACUGGAGCCGUUCAUCUUGGUGCUCUGUUUUUCAAGAAAUUCUACCCCAAUUCUCCAACCGUUUAUUUGAGUAACCCAACAUGGGUAAAUCAUCAUCAAAUCUUCUCCAAUGUUCACCUUCCAGUCGCUACAUAUCCAUACUUCUCAAAAUCUACAAAGGGUUUGGAUUUCGAUGGCAUGAAGAGUACCAUUCAAAAUGCUCCUGAUAAGAGUGUUAUUCUCUUACACGCUUGUGCACAUAACCCCACUGGUGUUGAUCCAACAAAAGAUCAAUGGAAAGAACUUGCUGUCCUCCUGAAACAAAAACAACAUUUCCCUUUCUUCGAUUGCGCAUACCAAGGGUUUGCUUCCGGUGAUUUGGCAAAUGAUGCAUGGGCCAUUCGUUAUUUUAUCGAACAAGGCUUUGAACUUUGUAUCGCUCAGUCUUUUGCCAAGAAUCUUGGUCUAUAUAGUGAACGUGCCGGAUGUUUUCACUUCGUAACCGGAGCAGCUCCAGAUGCGGAAAAGACGAUCGGUAGAAUUGCAAGUCAAUUGACCCUUUUACAGAGAUCCGAAAUCUCAAAUCCUCCAGCAUAUGGUGCUAGAAUCGCAAGCACAAUCUUAAACGACGAAGCUUUAUUCAAAGAGUGGGAAGAAAACUUGAAGGAAAUGUCCGGAAGAAUCAUGACCAUGCGCAAAGAACUUCGAUCAAAGCUAGAAGAGAUGGGUACACCUGGAAAAUGGAACCAUAUUACUGACCAAAUCGGCAUGUUUUCAUUCACAGGGUUAACUGAAAAACAAGUCUUGGAAUUGAGAAGUGAGGCUCAUGUGUAUAUGACGAAUAAUGGAAGAAUCAGUAUGGCAGGAUUGAACACGAAUAACAUUGAUUAUUUUGCACAAGCUGUGGACAAGGUUGUUAGGAAGACACAACAGGAGACUGCGAACCUUUAAGGGAUUGAAUAUUAGCGAGCUUGAGGGAAAUGAAUCUAGAGGUAUUAUGUUGGGCUGGGUUGGGAUGGUGCAUUGGGAUAGGUAGGAUAGUUAGAUAAAGCUAUGGAAUCUGGAGUUCAUCUUCCAUAACUGGUAUUUGACUUUAUCUAAAGGGCUAGGUAUUACAUGGGGGAAUAGAGAUGAAGCGUGGGUCAAAAAGUCACUUGGGAUAGAUCUCAGCUCCAUUCUUGAAUCUUGGAAGUAACAAGUAGAAAAUGCUCUUCACCUCGUGUUAC